AUGACUGACGGGCGACAAGCUUCCCCAUCCGCCGAAGAGAAGCCUCAGGAGAAAAAGCAGCAUCGCCUUGGCAGACUUCUAACUGGCAAUGCGGCAGACGUGUCAGCCGGCCAGUCGGGCCCAACGAGGCACUCGGACGACGCUGCUCCCUCCCAAACUAAUGAACUUGAACGGAUGAUCAAAGAUCUUGAGUCUCAGUCGUACAAGGUCGCGCUUCUACUGAGUCGAGGUACGGACAAGAUCCAAAAAACGCACCUAAACUUGAAAUUAUACAAGCUCGAAAAGAAGAUUCGAGAAAAGCAGGAACUCCUCAGGAAUUACAAGAAAAAGAGUCACCCCGCACAGGUGCCAAAGGAAAGCAGCGCAGAUGCGCUUUCGCUUGCGGCUGAUAACACCACCCUGCUAGCCCAGAACCUCCAGACGCAUCUUUUUGUGCAGGAGCAGCCGCGGCCUAAAGACCCGCCUGCUUCUUCGUCGCAGUCUGAAGGUCAUAGGCAGGAGGUCGCUUCCUCUGAGCGGAUACACGGGCUCGAUCAUCGUCCGUCAGCUCCUGUGCCGGCGCAAUCCAGAAGGCCUGAGACACAAGAAAGCCUUGAGAAUGAGUGGACGGACAUCAAACUCGAGGACGCGGAGGAGCCACUGGGGCAGGAGGAAUGGGAAGAUGACAUUGCACCUGACCUGGUCCCCAAAGGGGCCGCACAGAACCCUUACUACCCAGGCAAGGGCCGAAUACUUUGGUCAGGAGCACCUCCAUCUUGA